AUGAACAGAAAAAUUGGUGAGCGUAAGCACAUAGUGUAUCAGGUUUCUUCGUUAUUUAAAUUCUAUGAGAGAACGUUUUCCUCAAUUGAAUUCGAUUGGAUCGAAUCGCACGCUCGCACCGCAAAGAUUAUGAAGUCUUCUAUAAACUCCGGAAUUGUUCGAGUAGACGUUAAGGGAACAAGAAUUUCCGAUGGCUUUGACGUAUUUCACAUGGAGGUCGUGGGUCCUCCAUGUAAUGCAACUGAGAAACAUACUAUGGGUGACGCGAAGGAAACCAUGCGAACGGAUAUUCUAAAUUUGAUCACGGUACUACGAAAUCACCUUGAUUGUAGCAUAAGUCUUGCAACAAAAAUUAGGGUGUAUAGUAUCCAAUCUAUCAAUGCUCGAUUAACUCUAUAUGCAUUAAGUAUGCUUUCCGAUGGCCGUUUCCUCGUAACUGAACUUGCCUCUGCCGUUAUGCCUUUCAGCUUUAAUGGCCGAGAUCAAUACAAACUCAUCCUUAGAAUGAUGGCUAUCUUUCACGAUGAAAUCACAAAACAGGAGAAAUUAAUGAAAAAUAUUAAUCGGUCUGUACUUCAGCCAAAGGAAACGACGGGUGAUCGGUCAGCAGAGGUGCGACUAGAAAGGCCUCACUUACCCUCAGGUGGUGAACUUUCUACUCGUAAAGGUAGGCCACCAAGCUUCGUGUCGGUCAUCAGACGGCGAACUGCUGGAAACUGGUGA